AUAUUUAGAAAAAUUAAAUCUUUAUAUUGUAGGAAGAGAUAAGUUACGUGAAGUGAAAGACUCCGAUUUUAGAUCAGUAGAUUCACACAACUAAACUUCUCUUUGUCUCUCCAGAAACGUGAAAAGCUCAUCCAUGGCAACCGUUCCUCUGGCUUCAACUACUCUAAGAAGGCUUGAGGGCAAGGUGGCUCUCAUCACGGGUGGUGCGGGCGGCAUCGGCGAAGCCACAGUAAAACUCUUCUCCAACCAUGGAGCUAAAGUCGUUAUAGCUGACAUCCAAGAUGACAAAGGUCACUCAAUUUGUCAGGAAUUACACAAAUCAUCAGCUUCUUAUGUUCACUGCGACGUGACAAAUGAAAACGACAUAGAAACCGCAGUGAACACCACGGUUUCCAAGUUCGGUAAACUCGACAUCAUGGUAAACAACGCUGGCAUAACCGGUCCGAACAAAACCAAUAUACUAGAAAACACGUUAUCCGAAUUUCAACAAGUGAUUAACGUUAACUUGGUUGGUGCCUUUCUCGGAACAAAACACGCUUCAAGAGUAAUGAUCCCUGCUAAACGAGGUACCAUAAUUAACACAGCUAGUGUUGCUGGAAACAUAGGUGGUACGACGAAUCACGCUUACACAAGUUCAAAGCACGGCAUAGUGGGGCUGACCAGAAAUACUGCGGUCGAGCUUGGACCGUUUGGUAUUCGGGUGAAUUGUGUGUCGCCUUAUAUUGUUCUCACUCCGAUGGCUAAGAAAUACUUAAAGGUAGAUGAUGAUGGGAUUCUAGGGGUUUAUUCUAACCUAAAGGGUACUAAUCUUAUGCCAAAUGAUGUGGCUGAAGCUAAUCUCUACUUGGGAAGUGAUGAAUCUAAGUAUGUUAGUGGUCAUAAUCUUAUUGUUGAUGGAGGAUUUACAGUUGUAAACAAUGGAUUUUGUGUCUUUGGACAAUCUGUUUGAAGAUGUGUACUUUGAUGUGUGUUUAUAAGAAAUUGUUGUUGUUUGAUAACAAUAAAUAGGCCAUGAAAUUAUGAUAAAGUAGUUUUCUUAUAAACUUUGUUUACUAGAAUACUAUUGGGUGUCAAAUGAGUGUACGCAGUAUAUUAGGGGUCCAUCUAUCACUACCCGAAUAAAUAAUCACUAGCCAAAUAUCCUUCCACGAGUAAAUUUGUGGUCGAUAGAUAAAAUGAGUUUGCACGGUUAA